AUGGCAGAGGAGUUGAAGGUCCAGGGCUUCUGUCUGGUGUCCAGCUCAGUGUACCACACACCCUGCACCCGCAUGCUCCCCACAGGGCACGUUGUGUCUCGAGGCAACAUCCAGGCCUGCAGCACCCCAGCUUUCCGGGGGCUCUGGGAGGAGAAGCUCCCAAAGAGCCGCAGUUCCUGUCGCUCCUUGGGGACCAGCCCUUUCCUACCCUCUGGCUCAUUCAAGAAGUAUUUUUGUUUCUCCUCCCCUUGCCUGAGCAAGUCAGAGACGACCCUGCGCCAGUCCCAGCCAUGGUCCCCGUGUCAGCACCUGCCCGCUGAGCCGGCCCAGAUGCUGCAGGAAUGCGGCUCUGCCACCACCCGAUACUGCAGGAAUGUGAAUGCCAGGCGGCCAGCUGCCUGCCGUGACCCUGGGGAGUUGGUGAUGGAGGGGUCUGGGGGAGCCCCGAGGUUCCUGGCCUAUCCACGUGCCUUCACAGUCCAAAGUGGCACCAAUGUGAUCCUGAGCUGCCAGAUCAUAGGUGAUCCCCAGCCAUGCAUCCUCUGGGAAAAGGACAAGAAUACCAUCGAGCCCUCAGGCCGUUUCCAUAUGGAGUCCAAAGGAGACCUGUACAGCCUGCUAGUGUCCUGUGCCACCCCCAAGGACAGUGGACUCUACGUCUGCAGGGCCAAGAACAGUGUUGGUGAGACUUAUGCUGCCACUGUGCUCAAGGUAGAGCCAGCAGAGCACCGAGAGGAGGAAGGAUGCUCAGGCAGUGUGGCACCUGCCUUCCUCAUUGCCCCCUCAUCCAUGCGAGUGUGCCGGGGGGAGGACGUGAUGUUCACCUGCAGGGUGUCCGGGCAGCCCUGCCCGGUACUGGAGUGGGAGAAGGACGGGCACAAGCUCUCCGACCUCUUUGAGAGCAGCCACUUUGCAGUGGGGCACAAACCAGAAGACUGGCACUUCCUGAAGUUGUUCAGUGCCCGGCCCCAGGAUGGUGGAGUGUAUGUCUGCCGGGCUCGCAGUGGCUCCCAGGAGGCUCUGGCUGCUGCCGUGCUCCUGGUCGAACCCCAAGCACUGCUGGACGGGUUCCCCAAUGGCUCCCCUGCCAAUGGUCCCGGGGUAUUGGCAGAGAGGCAGCGGUGGCGGCGGCAUGGAGUGGGACGGCGAGUGGGACCAGAGACCUGUGUGCCCAAUGGCGUAGUGCCAACCAGGCUGAUGGGGGCCAAGGCAUUUGCUGUGAAUGCAGGGAAGCACGCCAAGUUUCGCUGUUAUGUUACUGGCAAGCCCAAACCAGAGAUUAUCUGGCAGAAAGAUGGUGAGCCCCUCGCCCCUGGCCGUAGGCACCUCAUCUACGAGGACCGGGAGGGCUACUUCAUCCUCAAGGUGCUGUACUGCAAACCCCAGGACCAGGGACUGUACGUGUGCACCGCUUCCAACACUGCUGGCCAGACCCUCAGUGCAGUGCAGCUCCAGGUGAAAGAGCACCGGCUGCGGUUCCAGGUGCAGCUGGCAGACGUGGAAGUAGCAGAGCGGGAGGAUGCAGUGUUGGAGUGCCAGGUGCCAUUGGAGACCAUUCCCACUUCCUGGUACCUGGAGGACAGGGAGCUGCAGCCCAGUCACAAGUACGUGAUGGAGGAGCAAGGGGUGGUGCGGCGCCUGACCAUCCGCGAUGCCUGCAUCGAUGACGAUGGCAUCUACCUCUGCCAGAUGAAGGACAAAGGGCGCAGCAUCGCCGAAGUCUCUGUCCGAGGGGUGAUUGUGAAGCGGCUGCCACGGAAGCUGGAUGUGAUGGAGGGGGAGAAUGCAGUUUUCUGUGUGGAGACACGGGAUGUGGUAGAGGGAAGCUGCUGGAGCCGGGAUGGGCUACAGCUACAGGAGUCACCUCGUACUGUGCUUAAGAGCUUCAGCAGGACACACCUCCUGGUGCUGGUGCACGUCACCCGCCAGGACGCAGGCAUCAUCUCCUUCACUGUCGGGGAGUCGCAGACAUCCUCCCAGCUCCGAGUCAAGUGUGUGAAGCACGAUCCUCCGAGUGCGCCAGUGGCAGCUGAGAUGAGCGUGGUGGAGAGCAACACGGCUCUGCUGACUUGGUGUCCUGCACCUGACUCCCACCUCCGCCCCGCCAGCCACUACCUGCUGGAGCAUCGGGAGGCAGCAGGAGGGGAGUGGGUGCAAUGCCUUGCCACUGACCUGCCCAGCUGCGUGCGGGUGCUGGGUGACAGUGUGCCUCGCGAGGCUGACUACUGCUUCCGCGUCACUGCUGCCAACAAGCAUGGCAGGAGCAGCCCUGUGGAGUUCCCUGGAUCUGUGCAUCUUGCCCCAGCAGCUCGUCUGGAGAGGGGUCUGCAGGACACAUGGGUGAGGGAUGGUGAGGAUGUGCAGUUCUCCCUGGAGCUGUCAGCCGUGGUGCAUGGAUCCUGGUUCCUCAAUGGUGCCAGGCUGGGUGAGGAGGAGGAUGCAGGCAGCCGGUGCAGUGUACAGCGCCGUGGGAUGGAGCACUCGCUGUUGAUCCGGGGAGCACGACUGGUUGACAGUGGGGCCCAAGUCACCUUCGUGUCUGGUGGUGUGCGGGACUCAGCUAUCCUGCAUGUGCAAGCCCCACAGGUCUGCAUUGCCCCAGUAUCCGAGGCUGAACGGCUCCGGAAAGUGCCAGCAGGGAUGCCUGUGCUGCUGGAAUGCCAGGUGUCCACCCCGGAUGCCCCUGUCUGCUGGUUGAAGGAUGGCAAGGCCGUGCCCCUGGAUGACAUUAUCGCAGUGCAGGCAGAAGGCUGCGUGCGGAGGCUGCUCCUCCGCUCUGCGUGUCCCUCAGACACGGGUGUGUACACCUGUGACGCUGCGGAUGAUGCCGUGAGCUUUGUGGUGACCGUGACCGAGGAGCCGGUGAGGAUCAUCAGCUCCAACGAGGAAGCCUCCCACACCUACGUGGCCAGGCAGCGUGUGGAAUUGUGGUGCCAGCUAUCCCGCCCAGCAGCCCCAGUGCGCUGGUACAAGGAUGGAGAGGAGGUGGAGGUGGGAGAGAGCCUGGUGCUUGAACAGGAGGGGUCAUGGUGCAAGUUGGUGCUGCCCUGCUGUCAGACACAGGACACAGGGGAGUUCGUCUGUGAUGCUGGUGGGGACUCUGCCUUCUACACCAUCACUGUGGCAGAGGAGCCAGUGAGGAUUGUCAGCUCCAAUGAGGGGGCCUCCCACGCCUAUGUGGCCGGACAGCGCGUGGAGCUGUGGUGCCAGCUGUCACGCCCAGCAGCCUCAGUGUGCUGGUACAAGGACGGGGAAGAGGUGGAGGCAGGUGAGAGCCUGGUGCUGGAGCAGGAGGGGCUGCAGUGCCGGCUGGUGCUGCCCUGCGCCCGGCCACAGGACACAGGGGAAUUCGUCUGCGAUGCUGGUGGGGACUCUGUCUUCUACACAGUCACCGUGGCAGCAGAGGUACCAGUGAGGAUUGUCAAUUCCAACAAGGAGGCCCCUCACUCCUAUGUGGUUGGGCAGCGCGUGGAGCUGUGGUGCCAGCUGUCCUGCCCAGUGUCCCCAGUGUGCUGGUACAAGGAUGGUGAAGAAGUGGAGGUGGGCGAGACCCUGGUGUUGGAGCAGGAAGGCCUGCAGUACCGGCUGGUGCUGCCCAGUGCCCAGAUGCAGGACACAGGGGAGUUUGUCUGCAAUGCCAGAGAUGCAUCUGUCUCCUACUCCAUCUUGGUGGCAGAGCCACCAGUGAGAAUCCUGCAGCCUCCACAGCGUUCACUAGAGCUGCUGGUUCAGGCACCAGGGUGUGUGGAACUGCGGUGCAAGCUCUCUGUACUGGAUGCUCCGGUGCAUUGGUUCAAGGAUGGGUUGGAGGUGGAUGAGACUGACAACCUGCUGCUGCUAGUGGAGGGGGCCUGGCGCUGCCUCUUCAUCCCCAAGAGCAGUGCAGAGGAUGCAGGCGAGUACAUCUGCGAGACCAAAGAUGAGGCCAUCUCCUUCGAUGUCAAGGUGUCAGAGCCUCCGGUGAGGAUCCUGCAGCCCUGCAGACCUGUCCCUGUCAUGACGGUGUCCCCGGGGGAGACGGUGACACUGUGCUGUGAGCUGUCCCGUGCAGAUGCACCCGUGUGCUGGGCAAAGGAAGGUGUCAGGCUUGAGGCUGGGGGCAGCCUGGUCCUGGAAGAGGAGGGUGCCCAUCGCCGGCUGCUCAUCCCCGCUGCCCAAGCUGAGCACUCUGGAAAAUACACUUGUGGCACCACCAACGACACAGUGACUUUCACCAUCCAAGUGUUGGAUCCGCUGGUCAGGAUCCUGGAGAAGGAUGUCCUGCCGACCCACCGGCGUUGCCAGGCCAUGGAGGACCUGGUGUUGGAGGUGCACCUCUCACAUACCCAUGGGGAGGUGAAGUGGUACAAAGAUGGGGAGAAGUUGCAGGACACGGGGCGUGUACAGCUCGAGGAGGACGGGGUGCGCCGAUCCCUCGUGAUCCUGGGCACCACGGGCAAGGAUGCUGGGGAGUAUCUUUGUGACACGGGUGAUGACAGUAUCAUCUUCUUCAUCACUGUGGAAGUCCCAGAGCCACCGGUGACCAUCAUGGGCAGCACAGGCACCGUGGUACAUCGCUCUCUGGUGGCUGGGGAAGACCUGGUGCUGGCUUGUGAGCUCUCACGGCCGGACGCCAUUGUGCGCUGGCUCCGGAAUGGCCAGGAGGUGCAUCCGGGUGAACGGGUGCACGUUGAGGCCCGUGGGGUGCUGCGACAGCUCACCAUUAAUGGGGCACAGCCCAGCGAUGCAGGGUGUUACAUCUGUGAUGCUGCCAGCGACCGCAUGGUGACAAAUGUGGAGGUGUCAGCCCAGCCUGUGUGCAUUGUCAACAAGGAGGAGGCACAGAGCCCGCUUGAGGUGCAGGAGGGAGACAGUGUGACACUGGUGGCUCGGCUGUCCCCGGAGACAGCGGCAGUGCAGUGGCAGAAGGAUGGACAGACGCUAUGCUCAGGCGGGCGGCUGCUGGUGUGCAGCGAGGGUCCCACACGCAGCCUCACCAUCAAGCAAGCAGAGCUGGGUGAUGGCGGCAUCUUCCUCUGCGACGCCGGCGAAGAUGAGGUGCAUUUCACACUACAUGUGAAAGAGGCACCCGUGCUGUUCGUGAACAAACGAGAGGAGCAGGAGAAGCUGCUGGUGCUGGAGGGCGGCAGUGCCGUGCUUUCUGCCAUCACCUCCACAGAGCGAUCGGAUGUCACCUGGGUUGGCCCGCAGCAGGCGGCAGUGGCCGGCGAGCGCUGCGAGCUUCGUCGGGACGGCCGCGUGCACAGCCUCAUCAUCCACAAUGUGGCCAUGGAGGACGCUGGCACCUACACCUGCCUCUCACCCCACGACCAGAUGCAGUUCGAUGUGAACGUCCGAGAGCUGCGGGUGAAGUUCCUGCGCGGGCUGUCGGACGUGCGAGCGCGGCAGGGUGAGCGGGUGGUGCUGUGGUGCGAGCUUUGCAAGGCGCGGGGCGACGUGGUGUGGCGGAAGGACGGGCGGGUGCUGGCGCCUGGUCCCCGCCGGCAGAUGACGGCAGAGGGACGGGAGCGGUCGCUGGUGCUCAGCCGCGUGGAGCCCGAGGAUGCCGGCGAGUACUGCUGCGAGUCCAACGACGACCAGACCCUGGCAACGCUGACGGUGCAGGUCCCCAGGGUGGUGGAGAUCAUCAUGGAGCUGCAGAACCUGAUGGUGCUGGAGGGGGAGGAUGCCACCUUCAAGUGCCUGGUGUCCCCCGAAGAUGUGGCUGUGACAUGGCAGCUGAAUGGCCAGCCCGUGGUCCCUAGUGAGCGUCUGCUGGUGGCAAGGAGUGGGCUGUGCCACAGCCUCACCCUCCAACAGUGCCAGACAGGUGAUGCAGGCACUGUGACAGCCAAUGCUGAGGGCCUGGUGAGCACAGCCCGGCUGAGUGUACAAGAGGCACAGGUGCUGUUCGUGCGGAAGCUGCAGGAUGUAGUGGCAGAGGAGCAGGGGGAUGUGCACCUGGAGGUGGAGGUGAGCCACGAGGCUGCCGAGGUGCAGUGGCUGAAGCAGGGCAUCCUCCUUCAGCCGAGCAGCAAGUACCUGCUGCGGGAGUCAGGGUGCCGGCGCACCCUCACCAUCUGCUGCCUUGGCCCUGCUGACCGUGGCACCUACCGCUGUGAGAGCCUGCACGACCGCACGCAGGCCAAGCUCCACGUGGAACCCCGGAAGGUGUCAAUCCGGACACCACUGAUGGAUGUGGAAACCUUUGAGAAGGAGACAGCCACCUUUCACCUGGAACUGUCUCACCCUGGCGUGACUGGGGUCUGGACACGGGACGGCAUCCGGGUGAAGCCCAGCAGUACGUGCCGGAUCAGUGCUACAGGCUGCGGGCACAGCCUGACACUGGAGAGGCUUGCACUGGAAGACUCAGGCACUGUCACCUUCACUGCUGACACUCUGCGCUGCAGCGCCCACCUGCGUGUGCGGGAGCCUCCAGUCACUAUGGUGAGGGUCCCACGAGAUCUGGGGGUCCCAGAGACAGGGGUCGCCAGCUUCGAGUGUGAGCUGUCUCGCCCAAAUGCAGAGGUGAAGUGGUUCAAGGAUGGACAGGAGCUGCGGCCAGGGCCCAACUGCCGCAUCUACUCAGCGGGACGGCGCCGCAUCCUGCAGCUGAGCCACUGUGAACUGACUGAUGCUGGCAGCUACACUUGCGAUGCAGGCGACUGCCGGGCCUCUGCCAUACUGCAUGUCCAGGAGCGCCAGGUCCACAUUGUGCAGGAGCUGCAGGAUGUCCAGGUGCGGGAGGGUGACAACGCAGUCCUCACCUGCGAGGUGUCACAUGGGGACGUGAAGGGCGAGUGGUUUCGGGACGGGGAGAAAAUCAAGGUCUCCAGCACAGUGAAGAUACGGCAAGAAGGGACCCGGCACUUCCUGCUGUUCUGUGGUGUGCGCCCUGAGGACAAGGGACUCAUCCGCUUCACAGCCAGGACAGUCAUCUCAGAGGCCAGUCUGCAGGUGGAAGCACUGCCAAUCCGGAUUGUGAAGCCAUUGCGGGACAAGACGGUGCUGGCGAGGCACAAGGCGACACUGGAGUGCACCGUGUCCCACGCCCGGGGGCGGGUGCGCUGGCUCCGUGGGGACACUGAGAUCUUUGCUGGUGACAAGUAUGAGAUCUGCAAUCUGGACUGCUACCGCACACUCAUCAUUCACCGUGUAGGCCCUGAGGACGAGGACUCGUACACCUGUGACGCCUUUGACGACCGCUCCACUGCCCGGCUCCUUGUGGAGGGGAGCUAG